AAUCUGUAGUCGUGAGAAAUUACGGUAAGUCUUUGCAGCACGCGUCUUUCAUCAUACUAGUACCAGCCGCGACUGACGGUGAGCUAGAAUUCAAGGGCAGUGAAUGUUGCGGCAAUGGCGAGCCAAUAUCAUUCAGAAAGCUGUAAAGGAUUCACGGAUACAGCGGAGACAGAUUCAAUUUCGGGAAAAUAACUCCCUGAUGAUCCCAAACCUUCCAUCGGUCGUUCUACAUAGAAGUUCCCCCGGGAAUUGCAGUUUACACCGCAUCAACAGGUCAUUAUCCCGGUUUUAUGCUACCGGGUAUGCCAGUGAUACUCAUACAACUCUCUCCGCCAAGUCUGAGCCCACGCCUUCUGAUGCGCAGCGUCGAACUAUAUACGCACUUUCCACUCCACCUGGGAAAGCAGGUAUCGCUAUCAUUCGGGUUUCUGGACCCGACGCCCUUGACGUCUGGCGCCGAGUGACACGCAAAGUUAAAUCUGGGGACAAACUAAUACCAUGGAUGCUUCAGCGGAGACACGUCGUCGACCCAGAGACCGAAGAGAAACUCGACGACAGUUUAACUGUUUUCUUCAAGGGUCCAAAAUCAUUUACCACGGAAGAUACUGUUGAGCUUCACAUCCACUCUGGGCGCGCAGUGCUCUCUGCAGUGUUACGUGCCCUUGCUAAACUGCCAUAUUGUCGGCCCGCUGCCCCAGGCGAAUUUACCAGACGUGCCUUCGAGGGUGGCCGGCUUGAUCUCACCCAAGUCGAGGGUUUGCGCGACUUGAUAGAUGCUGAAACAGAAGCUCAAAGAAGGAUUGCUAUCAGCGGAGCUGAGGGGGUUGCGAGGGCGCGAUAUGCUGCACUAAGGUCACAGAUACUAGAAUGUUUGGUUUUUGUUGAAGGUUUUAUCGAUUUUGGCGAGGACGUGGACGAACUUGGACAGGAAGCGAUGAUUAAAGAAGCUCAUGAUCGUGCAUUGAAUAUCAUCAACAGCAUUCGAUCUCACUUGCAUGACAACCGCCGUGGGGAGAUUCUGCGCUCUGGAAUAAAACUUGUGAUAUUUGGACCUCCGAAUGCUGGCAAGAGUAGCUUGUUCAAUUUUCUUGCUCAGCGUGAUGCGGCCAUCACAUCACCCAUUCCAGGAACUACGCGUGACGUACUCACGCUCACUUUGGACAUCGGAGGCUUUCCUGUUAUUCUGAGCGACACUGCUGGCCUGCGAGAAACACUGGAAACUGUAGAGCAGGUAGGGGUGGGUCGUGCGGGUAACGCUGUCAAGGAGGCUGAUCUGUCUCUUUGUGUUCUAUCUCUUCCCGAUGUUUUAUCGUCCCGGGACAAUGCCCUCGUUCGAGUCCCGGAUGAGGUUAAGAGCCACCUGAAACUAGAUACCCUUUUCUUGUUGAACAAGUCUGAUACUAUCGCGAGCCUUCCUCCCAACCAGUCUCUCACUUUCACGGAGUAUGGCGAUAACUAUGAUCACAGCAGACAACCUCAGUUCUGGACAGCGAGUCUUCGCACAUCAGAGGGUACCCAAUCGUUUCUGGAUGGUCUCGCACAGGUUUUACGAUCAAGAUACAGCGAUGGUUUCGACUACACAAGCCCACUUAUCACGCAUGCCCGUCAUAGAGAUAUUCUUGAGCGAGCUGUCAUGCACUUGGAAGAGUUCAUCGCCUUCUCUCCUUCGGAAGUGGACAUCGCCGCGGAGUCCCUACGUUAUGCAGCUCGUGCGAUUGGUUCUGUUUCUGGACUAGAUGUCGGUGUUGAGGAAGUUCUGGGCGGGAUAUUCGGAUCGUUUUGCGUAGGCAAAUGAUUGUGUGAUUCGUAGAUGUCCAUCUUGACCAGUCUCAGCCAAGUGGUAAGCAUGACAGGACAGAAAUUUGGUACCUCUUCAAUAGUCAUUUUUCAUUUACGGACAUUCACACAUAGAUAGAUCUUUUAAAGUCUAAAGUAGUUACAAGUGAUGGCCUUUGGUCAUUGGGUUUUAUUAGUACUCAUGUCCCUUCAUUACAAAUGCAGACAUUUGUAUACUAUAUUUGCACUAUAUUUUUCAUUUUUCAUUUGUCAAUGCUCAGUCCACUUAGCUGGUAAAGAUGCUUGUGCAAUGAUUGUCAUUGUCAAGAGGUUGUAAUUUGUGUAAAAAUA